AGGACAAUAACUUUGUUUACCUCAAAGGCAAUGGUACAAGCUGGCUUUUCUACUGACGAGUGUGUCGAGCUUAUCAAGUCGUGCAAGACCCUCUCUCGAGCCAGGGAUGUCCACUCGCGAGUUUUGGCAAAUCUCCAGGGAGAGGAUGGGCCGUAUAUCGCCAAUCUUCUCGUCCAGAUGUAUGGCCUUUGUGGGAAUGUGGAGCUGUCAAUGCUGGUCUUUGGCAGCAUCACUCACAAGGACAUAUACUCGUGGAACUUGAUGCUGUCUGCGUAUGCCCAAAAUGGGCAUCUCGCGGAGUCCGAGGUGGUGUUCCUCCAAAUGCCGGCUAGAGACCGAGUCUCGUGGAACACGAUGCUGUCCGCCUAUGCCCAGCUCGGGCACCUCUCCAAGCUCCAGGCUCUCUUCGAUGCGAUGCCAGACUGGGAUGUGGUCUCGUGGACGUCUCUUCUGGCCGGAUACUCACAGGCAGGACAAGUGGAGCGCGCAAAGAGAGUCUUCGAUCAAAUGCCGCUCAGGAACUACGUGUCCUGGACUGCAAUGCUGUGCGCGUAUGCCCAGGCCGGGGAUAUCGAACAGUCGAAAGCUCUCUUCGACGCCAUGCCGGACAGGAAUCUCGUCGCCUGGAACGCCAUGCUCGCUGCUUAUGCCCAGCGGGGACUCUCCGAGAAAGCAAAAGCACUAUUUGAUGGUGCACCCGACAAGGAUAUGGUUUCGUGGAACUCGAUGCUCGCUGCUUACGCGCAAGCCGGGAACCUACAAGCAGCUCUCGAGGUCAUCGCUCUCAUGCCGGAACUGGACGUGGUCUCGUGGAACACAGUGCUCGCGGCUUACGUCCAAAACGGGUGCUUGGGUGACUCAAAGGCGCUGUUCGACUCUAUGCCGGAGAAGAACUUGGUCUCCUGGAACGCCGUUUUAGCGGCUUUUGCUCAGAGCGGGGAGCUGGAAGCUGCAAAGUCCGCGUUUGAUUUCAUGCCGGAACAGGACUUAGUUACGUGGAACUGUAUGCUCAGCAGCUACAUGCACAACGGCCAUUUGGAGGACGCGAUGUGGUUCUUCACUUCUAUCCCGGUGCCGGACGUGGUUUCGUGGAGUACCAUGGUUUUGGUUUACGCUCACAAUGGACGCCUGGAAUCCGCCAGUGGUUGGUUCCAAGCGAUGCCGGUCCGAGACGUGGUCGCCUGGAACACUAUGCUGGCUCUAAACACACAAUGCGGGAACUCCGCAAAGAGCUUGGAGCUUUUUGCGAGCAUGGCAGUGGAUGGACUCAGGCCAAACGAUUCCUCGUUUGCUUCCAUCUUUCACGGCUGCAAUCACCUGGGCGAUGUUCAUCUUGGGUGGAGUUUCUUCUGCUCGAUGCUGAGGGACUUCGAGGUGAAAGCCGGCAAGCACCACUUUAGCUGCAUGGCUGAUCUUCUUGGUCGUGCGGGGUACUUGCGGGAGGCUGAAAGCUUGAUCCUCAGCAUGCCUUACGUUCCAGAUGCGAUAGACUGGCUGUGCCUGCUGGGAGCUUGCAGCGCUAGGAAGAGUGUAGCUUUGGGGACCCGUGCUGGACAAAACGCUCUCAACGCUGAUCCAUCAAACGAAGCAGCGUAUGUGUUGCUAGGAAAUCUGAUAAAUGGGAGUGAGGUGGAUGCUCUUACAUUGUUGAAGCUUAAGAAGCGCAGACGUUCCAGGCAAGAAAAGGAAACUAAUGGAGAUCGGCUUUAGUCAAAAGUGGCACCUUCUUUUCAAGCACUGAUGCCGUUGCGAGUCGUGUCUUGCUCGAGCAAGGUAACAACGCGAACUCACCGCAGCUGGCUAGUCAAGUAUACAUAUGACGUGUAUAGAGAUUCUCAUCGGAAAGGCAAGUGCUCGGUGGUCAUCCAAACUAGCCAGUUUUUCUCACAUUUCCAUCCUUUUCAAAGGGGGCAAUCAGAAGUAAAAUGGACCAUCCGUGGCCAUCCAUCCCGAAGACUUUACUUUUAGCACCCGGAAUCUUCUAACAAGGAACAGUGACCACGCCAAGGUCGCAGAAAAAGUGAAACACUUGUGGACUCUCUGAAGGAUCUGCUGUUGAUAUUCGUGGAGCUCACGCAGCACACCUUCACUGCAGUCCACAUUUUGAAUGAAAUCUGUUUAUGGUUA